AUGAGGGAUUGGGUAUGGUGGGUCAGCUCGGUGUCAAAUAUCACAACCAGUGUAGUUGGAGUCGCUGCCAAUACUUUUAUGAUUUUCGUAAUCCUGAAGAAAACUCCCACACAAUUGGCCACUUUUUCAAUUAUUUUUCUCAACACUGCAUUCUGCGAUUUGCUCGCCUGUUUUACUGCUCUACUAGUGCGGCAGAGAGUUAUUCCUACUGCUGUCGAUUUGUGCUACAUUUCUAAUGGACCGUGUACAUAUUUUGGACCGUCGGUGUGCUUCUUCAUGAAUGGUUUCAUGCUUCAUUUAUUCGCUCAUGCUAUAUGGGGUAUUUUGUUCUCGUUCGCUUAUCGUUAUUACAUCCUUAAUCAUCCUCCACCAAAACAAAGCAGUGUCGCAGUUGUUAUUGUUCUGAUAUAUUUACCGUCUUUCCUUCAGCUUGUACUUUAUUCACUAUCCGCCAGCGAUAGCGAGCAAGUUAAACUAGUGAUCGAAGAGAAACUUGGGUAUAAUGUCAGCUCGGAAUGCGUUAGUGGACAUCUCAAUCUUGACUGGAAAAUGGAUUAUGUCAAUGCGCAUAUGGUACUAUCGACUCCCACAUCCUUCAUUGGUGUUCUCAUACUAAGAAAACUAAUUACAUCAUCGGUAAUUGUCGGCGUCGUUAAUAUGUCUGAGAACACUCGACGGCUUCAUUCGCAACUCAUCAGGGUACUCACUAUCCAGGCUUGCCUACCAAUGUUCUUCAUAUUGGGCGCCAUCGGCUAUUUACUUGGACAAGCAGACAUCUGUCAUCAUCCUCUUUUAGAAAGUUCUUUUAUUUUCGUUGCUGAACCUAUACCGGCUUUGAAUCCUUUUGUAUUGCUGUAUUCCAUCGGUCCUUACCGUUUAUGGGUACAGGGUGCGCUACGCGACUUUCGCCGGUCUUUAUUCUCGAAACAAAACAAAACAAAUGUCUGCACCGUCUCGAUGACUACAGCGCCCGUUCUCACUCGUCUAUAG